AUGAGUGAUAGUGACAAAGACAGCGAAAGUUCGGCUAAUCUAACUCCUCCUAGAAAGUUACCCAAAAAAGGAGGAUGGACAAGAAAAAAGGAAGGAAACACAUCAUCUCACCAUCGUCAACAAAAUUUUAGACAGCAGUGGCUUAAGGAUCCGGCUUUUAAGGACUGGCUUUUGCCAGACACGAAGGAUGUGACUAAAGCUAAGUGUGUUUAUUGCCCAGGAUCAUCAAUGGUAGCUGAAAUAUCUAAUUUAAAAGUUCAUGCCUCUACCAAAAAGCACAUAGGUAAUAAACCUGGAACUAGUGGAAAAACGCAAACAUUAACAUCGUUUGGUUUCCAAAAAGGUGUAGUUCCACCAAAUAAAGAAAAAGCUCGUGCUGAAAUUAAACUUGCUGCUUUUUUUGCGGAGCAUAAUAUUGCCUUCUCAGCAGCUAACCACUUGACGGAUUUAUUAAAAGAAAUUGUGACCGAUUCCAAAUUAAUAAAGGAAAUUCAAUUAAAACGAACCAAAGUAACGGCAGUCGUAAAGAACGUUUUAGGAGAAGGUCAUAAAGCAGAUUUAGCGGCAAAACUACAAAAAACUCUUUUUUCGGUAAUGACGGACGAGACAACCGACGUUUCAUCGGUCAAAACUUCUUGCAUUGUGGUGCGCUAUUUUGACCAAGAAGCUCAAAAGAUAUGUAGCACAUUUUGGGAAUUAUACAAUGUUUUUAAAGAAACAGUUGAUACUGAAGAUAUUCCCACAGCCAACGCCGAAAACUUAUACAGGGCUCUUAUCAGUUCAUUAUCUAGCCGUAAUAUCCCAUUGACAAAUGUAAUAGGCUUUGGAUCAGAUGGAUGCAAUGUUAUGAUGGGUGAUAUUGACUCGGUUAAAACCAGACUUAUACGGGAUUUUCCAGGAAUCAUAAUAGUAAAGUGCGUUUGUCACUCGGCCCAUUUGUGUACUAGUGAAGCUUGUAAACAGCUGCCUGAAGGUGUUGAACAACUAGCACGGGAUAUAUACAACUUUUUUAGGUAUAGCGAUAAACGCCAAUUUGACUUUCGUAACUUCCAGUCGUUUGCUGCAGUUGAACCCCACAAAAUACUAAAACCCUCUCAAACUAGAUGGCUUUCUUUAUUAGCAGUGGUUGAAAGGAUUGUAGAACAAUGGGAGGCCCUACGUCUGUUUUUUAUCGAUUUUACAACAAAUCGUGAACAUAGGGCGAAAGCAGAUGUAAGGAAUCGGGCAGUAGCUAUUCUUGAAAAACUUAGCAACCAAUUUUACAAACUUUAUUUCUCUUUUCUUGUUUGGUCGCUUCCUAUAUUUAACAAAUUUAACCUGGAAUUUCAGAGCGAGAAAGUGGUUGUUCACAAUCUUCAUGUGAAAAUUCGUGAACUUUACACGGAAAUCCUUUUGCGCUACCUAAAACGGGAAUACGUCAUGAGAUCAAACUUGGAAGAAAUAGAUCCUAAAAUUCAAGAUUGUCAAUUACCGGACAAAGAACUGUAUUUUGGGGAGCCCGAUCAAUUUUGGGUACAUUUACUCAAAACUGAAGACUUUUCUGACCUCGCUUAUUUUGCCCUAUCUACACUGUCUCUACCACAUGCUAACGCCGACUGCGAGAGAGUUUUUAGUAAAGUAAAUUUACUAAAGACGAAAUUAAGGAACAAGUUAAUAGUGGAAACCGUUAAUGGUACACUCCUUGCAGCAGAAGCUACAAAAGGUCCAAAGCGUGAUGGAAACUGCAUAAACUUUGAACCAACUAAAGAGAUGUACAGCCGCAUGACAAAGGACAAUUUAUACGACCUAAAAAAAAAAGACGAUGUCAGUGAGGAUGUUCCUGACAUCCUAUUUAGAGAUAUAGACUUUGAGUAA